UCGCACAUAUUUUUGCUACAUGUUCUUGUAUGAUCUAAAAUAUACUGUAACGUUCUAGACUGUACUGUUCUGGAUAUAUAUAGGAGAAGAGGGCGAGAGGGGACAGUCCCAGUCAUAGUAAGCUAGUGGUAAGAUCGAGUCAGAGUGAAUUGUACUACUAAGGAAGAAUAUUAAACUACAGAAGCUGUGCAAGGUCUUUACAUAUCUCCCUCCCACGGAGUCUCCUGACGGCGACACGGAACCCAAGUAAUACGUCCGGCAUAACAUUGGCGUCAGGAGUGUAGGCAUUUGUUUUUUCGCCAUGGAGACUCGUUCCCAAGCUGCCCAGAGGGACGACGUGUUGACUGAACUCUUGGAAGCUUUGAGACUACAGGGGGAGAAACAAGAAAGAGCACACCAAGAACUCAAAGAACAACAAGAAAGAGCACAGCAACAACAAGAAAGAGCACAACAACAACAAGAAGGAACACUCCAAGAACUCAAAGAACAACAAGAAAGAGCACAGCAACAACAAGAAGGAACACUCCAAGAAGUCAAAGAACAGCUAGAAGAUCGCUUCACGGGAUUACAGCAACAGCUACAAGCAGUACAAGAUGGAAGUGAGUCAGUACGAAGAGAUAUGACUGAUGUGACCACGAAGUUAGGACAACGCCUGAUAGAAGUGGAGAAAGAACACACAAAUCUUCAACAAGAGAUGGAGGUGGUACGGGAGACGACACACAAAGAAAUAUUAGAAGUGCAGGGAAAGGUGAACCGUACUGAAGAGGCAGUUUGUGACGUAUGUGACAGAGUGAAGGCCCUUGAAGACUGCUUGGCUGGAAACGGACAGCCAGUGCAUGCAGGGGCUAGUUGUACCCAAGAUGCUUCUCCUACGCAAGUCCGGGGUAGUUUGAGCCCUGUUUCGCCUGAGUUUAUCCCCGCAAGAAGUUUCGCCAGCCCCAUGAGUCUGCUGGGUUCGCCUGUUAGAAAGAAGCCUCAGGAGUUUGAUGGCAAGGUCUCCUGGGAGGCUUACCGCGCUCAGUUUGAGCUGUUGGCAGCUCGGAACGGAUGGGAUGACCAAGAGUGCGCGGUACAGCUGGCCACUAGUCUGAAAGGGGCGGCGCUGGAGGUCCUUGCUCAGCUCGACAAUGCGACAAAGGGCAGCUACAGCGGCCUGGCGCAAGCGCUGGAGCAACGAUUUGGGACCAAGCACCAGAACGAGCUCUUCAGGGUUAGUAUCAGAACCCGCAACAGGAGGCGCGGCGAGUCUCUUCAGGAACUCGCUCAGGACCUUGAGAGCAUGGCGCACAAGGCAUACCCAGGUGCCACCCCUGACCUGCUGACGGUUUUGCUGCGUGAUCAAUUCAUCGAUGCCCUGGACAGCCCUCAGCUAAAGAUACAAGUGAACCAAGCUAAGCCAACAUCAAUGCAGGAAGCUCUGGCACGUGCCAUGGAGUUUGAGUCCUUUGUUAUGUCUAGCUUGUCAAGCUUCAGGGACGACUCGACUUCUGGCUUUAGGGCACGAAAGGGCGCUGUCAGCGACACAGACAGGUUCCAAGGAACGUGCUGGUACUGCGAGAAGGUUGGGCACAAGGAGAACGAAUGCUAUGAGAGGAAGAAGGAAUAUGAAGGUGGCGCUAAGAAGAAGCACAGGGAAGGACUCAAGUGCUGGACCUGUGGAGAAAAGGGGCACUGGAAGAAUGAAUGCCGGGAAACAUGUGCCCCCAACGAGGGACCACCACUCGGGAAACUAAGAAGGACUGGUUCACGGGAGCAGCGACCAGUCUGUCCUGUACAUGCCUCGAAGAUAUCAGUGUGCAGGAGAACCACCAUGACAAGCUGCCAAGUGGAGGGCAAGGUUGACGGAGUGUUGUGGCCUGUGGUCGUCGACACAGGCUCGGAACGCACAUUGGUGCGGCCUGACGUGGUGAGUCAUCGUCGGCUUCUUAAGACGCCUCAUCGACUGUGCGGAGUUACAGGACACUACGCAGAGCUCAGAGGCCCAGUGGACGUGAAGUUUGAGCUUGGAGGAAAGGAAGAGUUCCUCUCUGUCUAUGUGGCUGACAUGGACGACCCCUGCAUCCUAGGUAUGGAUUAUCUUGUCUCCCACAGGUGCGAGCUGGACUUCCGCGCUAAGCAGCUGACUGUAGGAGGAAGGAGGGUGCCACUGACGACUGUGAACAAGGAAGACCUGCCAGUGACGGUCAAGCGCACCACCAUUAUUCCUCCGAGGUCGGAGAUGCUGUUACCCUGUCAAAUUACGGGUGCCCCCCCGGCUAGCCUGUGUGUGUUAGAGAGUGGAAGUCGAUGCCCGGUAGAAAACGGGGUGAUUGUAGGCAGUACUUUGGUAGACCCUGUUGCAGCGGAAGUGCCUGUCGUCGUGGCCAAUGUCUCCUUCAGCCCGAAGAAAAUAGAACAAGGGACCAUGGUGGGGUUGUGCCAAGAGAUCGACCAGGAACCGAGAACCUGUGUCUGCAGGAGAACCCUGACGAAGCCCCAGGAGGAGCUGCCCGACUACCUGCGCGACCUGUUUGACAGGAGCUCCAAGUGUCUAGAGGAGCCUCAAGUGGAACAGCUCAGGGAGCUUCUCGUGAGGAAUGCAGAUGUGUUUUCCACAGGAGACCUGGACUUGGGGUGUACGGACCUGGUAGAGCACCACAUCGACACAGGUAGCCACCGCCCAGUGAAGCAAGCUCCUCGAAGGAUGGCACCAGCCCGUCGCAAGGAGAUGGAUGAGGUUUUUUUUUUUUUUUUUUUUUUUUUACGUUGUUGCCUAUUGCGCCGGUAGGCAUCUUCCCGGUGGGGCCUGAUGGUCGGCCCAAGGCUUCUUCCAGAUGGGGUCUGAUGGUCGGCCCAGCCCGUUCUGGCGCAGGCGAGUGUUUAUAGUGGCGCCAUCUUGCAUUGGCUCAUGCUGCCCCCCGGAACUCGUUCUUGAUUCGCUUGGACGGCUUCCUCUAGAGUCCGGGUUGAUGGGUGGUCUUCAGGACAGCAUGUGGGUAGUUUUAAGCCGCUCGGCGGUGACUGAAAAAUCCAAGUGGUAGCGUGGGGAUUCGAACCCGCGUCGUCCAUCACGCGGUGAAUGUGGGGGCCAGUACGCUACCAGUUCGGCCACCGCCUACCCAUUAGAUUGCUACUUUUGGAUUGCAAGUCAGUGGGUAUUAAUGGAGAUGCACUCACUUGUUUGUAAAGUUAUCUUGCAAAGAGGCAAUAUUGUGUAUAGAUUGGAAGAUCUUUCUCUGACAAGAAGUCUUUAGAAAGAGAAGUGCCCAAAGGUAGUGUAUUAGGCUGUUCAGUAUAUACACUAUUGAACUAUCUCAUAUAGAAACUUAAAAUACUACAUGAUAUAGAUUUUAAACUGUUUGCUGAUGACACAAUUUUAAAUGGCUUUGAAUAAUGUGUUUAAUGGUUGAAGGAAAGAUAAAGCUGAUUAUGUAUGACAUUGGUAAAUGUAUGGAAUCCAAACAGUUAAAGCUAAACCAAGACAAGACUGAAUGUUUGCUAGUGGGGCAAAGCAAAGAUAUUAGCAGGAUUACUAUGUCCAUCCUAUGCAUUAAUGGUAACACCUUGGAAGUUCGUGAAACAGUGAAGGAUCUGGGUGUAUCUUUGGACUGUACUCUAUCUAUGAAGGAUCAAAUACAGCAAGUUGUUAGAACAAGAAGAUAUCACCUCAAGAACAUGGGUUUCGUAAGGAAGUAUUUGGAUGUGAUGACAACGAAAAUGCUGGUUCACAAUCAUGUGAUAACCAAAUUGGACUAUUGCAAUUCUCUCUAUUAUGGACUGCCAAACUAUCUCUUAAAAGAAUUACAACUUGUCAAGAAUUGCGCUUCUCAAAUGAUUAAAGGUCUC